AUGGUCUCAUUACUUCAGCGCAUGCGUAAGCUACAAACCCUCCUCGCCAUCCGUCUCGGUCCCGGCGCAGCAGUUCUCCCAAAAGAAAUCUCCCGCAUCCACAUGCGCUUCGCCCCCAAAAUCGACGGCGGCCACAUGGGCUCCAAAAAGUUCUGGCGCCACGAACUCGUCCGUCUGAAAUAUCACAACCCUGCCAUCCCAAUGACCAUCGACCGCACCGCUCUUCAAACCGAUCCCGCUCUCAUGACCAUCUUCUUCGCCGAUCCAGAAGCCUCGCCGACCAGUGGUGCUGCACCCACGACUAGCACGAGCGGAGAUAAAGAGCCUAGCAAUUAUUCGCCUAGUACGAAGACAGAGACGAUUGAUAUGACGGGUCGUACGCCGGAACACAUCUUGACUGAUUUUAUGAAGAUUACGAGUGCGAGACAGGUCGAGGCUACACAGGAGGAGUUGGAAUCAUUGCGUUCGCUCGAGGAGCAACGGGUCCGCAGUGAGAGAGACAGCAAGCUCAGUUUGGAGGUCAGAGAAAAGAAGAAGAGAGAAGAGUCCCUGCUGGCUCAGGCAAGAGGUGACCUUGCCUCUGCUGUCUAA